UAAAUGAAGGCGCGAAAACUGUGAGAAGGAUUCAGAGAACAAGUGACAGAGACACAGAGAAGAGAUGGCAGGACAGCAGAAGAUGAUGGUCUUGAUUGUCGCCUCGCUCUGGGCCAGUUGUUCAGCAGCGCCAAUGGAAUGCCACUUCAACUCACGAGCUCUGUGUGAAUAUGAGGGGAGGCACUACUCUCUGGGAGACACAUGGAUGGAGGGCUGUCUGCAGUGCACCUGUCUGCACCCUAUUGGGGUGGGAUGCUGUGAAACUGUUCACCGGCCUGUGGACUUCCCGCCUUGGUGUGAGGUCCGUGUUGAAUCUCCAACCUGCAAGGUGACUCUGGUGUUGGCUUCUGACCCGCGCCUGCCCUGUGUUCCAGGAGAGGGGAACAGCUUGGACCCCAGCCAUGGAGCCAUGAACAUGAAACUAGCAGGUUAAGAAGGCAACAUAGUGGCCGACCUGUUUCUUAAACCACCGAAUGUGUGUGUGUGAGCUUGCAUAUUGCUUCAAAUGUAACGCAAAAUAUUCAAAUUUAUAAAACUAUGAAAGUGAGUGCUCUUUGUUAUCCUCCAUUCUUGCAAACGGUACUGCCUGUAUAUCUUUACUGAGGGCUAUGGAUGAAAGUUCUCUCCACAAACAAGAAAAAAAAAUAUGAUACUUUUCAUUUGGAUGAGAAAUUGUGUUUUUUACUCCUCCUUUUCACACCUUGGUAAGCUUGGUAAUUCUUAUAAAAAUGAAUGCAGUGGUGUUAUUAACAAGCUAUUACCCACUAAGCAUUUUUUUAAGCAAAAGCAUUUUCUUUUUGAUUGUUUUCUGUUUCAACUGCUGUCUGUUGUACAAAACCCAGAGAACGUAUCUAUCAAUGAAAGAAUGGUCUAGAUUCUGUUUAUCUAUUCAUAUAGUGCCAUGUAAUGUGAAGUUAACAGCACAAAAUAAACAAUAAAUCACACUUCAUUAGUCAGUAUAAUGUAACCUGUAUGCACACUGACAUUUGGAGCAAUACGCCCUUCAAUAUUUUUUUACAUUAUAAAAAUGUAUUCAUGUUAAUCAACACAAAUUUGUGUACUUUCUCACAUUUAUCUGAAUAAAACAUGGGAAACGUG